AUGAUAGCCUGUCUCUAUAAUACAUAUUAUGAUACUAAGGCAACCCUGUUAUCAGAAGCUGAUAUCAAGGAAAUUAGAGAAUUAAGAGAUAAUAAAGAAUGCCUUCAGCAAGGAGUUAUUUCAUUUUCCUCUGGUCAGCUUGUUUUGGAUGAAAAUUCCUAA